UGCCCCGCCCCUCCGCCGGCCCGCCCCGCCAGCCCCGCCCGCCCCGCCCGCAGCGCCGCGGUGACACCGAGCAGGAAGCGCGCGGCGCGGGCAGAGCGGGAGCCGCCCCGGAACCAGCGCCACCCGCCAUGAACGGCAAAGGACAGUACCCCCCGCAGCCGUCCUACCCCGUGCAGCCCCCCGGGCCCCCCGCCGUGUACCCCCCGCCGCUGCCCCUGCAGCCGCCGCCCUACACCGACGCGCCCCCCGCCUACUCCGAGCUUUACCGGCCCAGCUUCGUGCCCCUGGGCGCCGCCACCGUCCCCACCAUGUCUGCGGCGUAUCCCGGCGCCUCCGUGUUCCUGCCCGUGGCCCAGUCGGUGGCCGUGGGGCCCAUCGGCUCCUCGGUGCCCGUGGCCUAUUACCCGGUGGGGCCGGUUUAUCCGCCGGGCUCCACGGUGCUGGUGGACGGCGGGUUUGACGCCGGAGCGAGGUUUGGCGCCGGCGGCACCGCCAGCAUCCCCCCGCCGCCCCCCGGCUGCCCCCCCAGCAGCGCCCAGCUGGCCGUCAUGCAGGGGGCCAACGUCCUGGUGACACAGCGCAAGGGGAACUUCUUCCUGGGCGGCUCGGACGGCGGCUACACCAUCUGGUGAAGGAGGAGAAGGGGCCGGGGGCGCGGGGGGCGACGUUUCUGUAAGGAAAACCACGUACCGUCAGCACUUCUCACCACGUAACCGCUUUAGUCCGUAUUAACCCCAAGUUGCGGUUCGCGGGAGGGGGGGGCGCCCGGCCCCGCGGGCGCUUUAACGAAGCCGCGUUAACGACAGCGGCGCCUCGGCCCCAACGGGGAAGGGUGGGGGGUUAAUUCACUGAAUUAUCGCCAGCCCGGCCUCUCGUGUUGCCGCGGUGAGUGCCGCGGCGCUGAGCCGUUCUCCAUCGGCCGCGGGUCCCGUUGCGCCGCUGCGCUGGACCCGGGGCCACGAACCGCCCGAAAAGGGUGCAAACGACACAAAGUCCCCCCCGGGAGCGGGGGGGGGCACUCGGGCGCCUUUCCCUCCCCCGGCCCCCCGGCCCGUCCUCCCCCGGGACGCAGCGCGGCCGGCGCCGCCUCAGUCCUCCACUCCAAGUGAUCCUGGGCUCUUUGCGCACUCGAGCCGCUCCAGGCCACGCUUUGGUCCAGCGCCACGCCGCGUCAUCCCAGGCUAACGAGGCUUCCGAACGCUGCUUAAUAAACAAACUCCUGCUGUUUCUUUUUCAACUCAACCCGGUGUUCUGACACCAAAACUCCUUGGGGCUGGUGGAGCGGAGGAGCCGGUUGCGUCUGUCCCAGGGCAGGGAGCGACUCCAACCGCCGCAAAGUAACUCUUCCUGGCUUUAGGAGUUAAAACCGGCUCGGCCGUCACGAAGUCUUAUUAGGGUUCAGAAGAAUAUUUCAGGGAUCCUCAGUGUUUUGGGGUUUUUUUUUGUUUUACGAAGAAAAAGAUGAGAUUCGACUCUGUUUUAUCGGGAGGUUUGGGUUUAGUCUGCGUCCGCGUCUCGUCUCCGUUUUAACCAUGCGACUGACUGUUACCGAGGUCCAGCAUCACGUCUCUCUGUACACACUGUGGUGCACUUAACUUGUGGAUUUUUUUAUACUAAAAAAAAGAAGUAGAAUAAAGACUAUUUUGAAAGUUUGA